AUGCCUGGCAAGGAAAAGGCAAAGAGGGAGUCCCAUCGCUCCAACCCGCUGAGCGAUGACAUUCACGCUGAGCGCUUUGCCAGCGUCAAGCGCACACCCCGUCGCGCCGCGGACGAGCACGCCGUGGAUCAGGCUGGCUACCUCAUUCCGAACCACACGACGAAACAGAUCUUGCGCACAGCCAAGAAGCAGCUGGAGAUCAUUCAGGCUGAGGUGACGGCCGAGGAGUGCGCCACUUCGGCGCCUGAGGAAGACUCCCGCGACAGCGGCCUGCAGGACCUCAUCGACGAUGAGGAGAUGACGACGGAGGAUCGCGAGCACCACUACGAGAUGGAGGCGGCGGCGGAUGGCGAGGACGUGGUACUGGAGUACGACGACAACGACUCCAUUGCGUCGGAAAUGUUGGUGGAGGUGCCGGACGUGUCGCCGGAGAUGUACGGCAUCGACGAAGAGGAGGCACGACUGCUGAACGCCUUCCAACCUGCCUCGCGUGUGCAGAGUCGCAACUUGGCGGAUAUGAUAAUGGAAAAAAUUAGGGAGAAAGAGCAGAGCGCCCGCAGUGGCGCAGCCCCGAGCCCGAGCGAGAACGCCAGCAUGGCGGAAAAGGACGGUGAGGAAAAGAUCGACAGCCGUGUGGCACGUGUGUACACGGCCAUCGGCACAGUGCUGAAGCGCUACACCUCCGGCAAGAUUCCGAAGGCAUUCAAAAUUUUGCCAAACGUGAAGAAUUGGGAGCAGCUGCUGAUGCUGACGCGCCCGGAUCAGUGGUCCCCGCACGCCACCUACCAAGCCACCCGCAUCUUUGCCGCCAACUUGAACGAGAGUAUGCUGCAGCGAUACUAUGCCGCAGUGCUGCUGCCCAUUGUGCACGAGCGACUGCUUGAGGAGAAAAAACUGCACCCAGCUCUGUACAUGGCAGUACGCAAGGCGCUCUUUAAGCCUGUCGCCUUCUUCAAGGGCUUUCUGCUGCCGCUGGCAAUGGACGAGGAGUGCACGCUGCGUGAAGCCCUUGUUGUGGCAAGCGUGUUGCAGCGGUGCCACUUGCCACCGGUGCCCACCGCCGUCACCAUCUACAAGAUCGCGCAGCAGCCCUUCAGUGGCCGGUGCUCUGUCUUUCUUCGUGUGCUCAUCGACAAGAGGAUGGCGCUACCGUACCAGGCCAUUGACGAACUGGUGAAGUACUUCCAUCGCUUCUUGGAAACCCAUACGAAGGAGGUGGCGUUGCCGGUGCUGUGGCACCAGACCCUGCUCUCCUUCACUCAGCACUACAAGGCGGACCUGACCGAGGCGCAGCUAGGGCUGCUAUCCAAUGUGUGCAACGUGCAUUUCCACUACAUGAUCACCCCCGAGAUCCGCCGCGAGAUUGUGGCGGCGCUACGCAUGAAGCAGGGUACGGCACCCGUUUCCUAG